CUCAACAUGGUUGAUGAUGGAACGCGUAAAGCGCUGAGUGGCAUCCCGCUGCUCAAAACGAAAGCAGGCCCGAGAGAUAAGGAGCUGUGGGUGCAACGAUUGAAGGAGGAGUACCAGGCACUAAUUAAGUACGUGCAAAAUAACAAAGCCUCAGACAUGGACUGGUUCCGGUUAGAGUCGAACAAGGAAGGUACGAAAUGGUUCGGCAAGUGUUGGUACAUGCACAAUCUACACAAGUACGAGUUCGAUGUGGAGUUUGAUAUUCCAAUCACGUAUCCGACAACAUCGCCCGAAAUUGCACUACCAGAGCUGGACGGUAAGACGGCCAAAAUGUACCGGGGCGGUAAAAUCUGUCUGACCGAUCACUUCAAACCGCUGUGGGCGAGAAACGUGCCCAAAUUCGGUAUUGCACACGCAAUGGCCUUAGGGCUAUCCCCCUGGUUAGCGGUAGAAGUCCCAGAUCUAAUAGAGAAAGGCAUCAUAUCGUAUCAAGAAAAAGGAGCAUCAUCCGGCUAG